GUCUGGUUGUCUGGACGGACACGGCAGACCAGAAAAGAAAAAAACUUUUUCCAAGAGGAAUAGGCUGGAGUGAAUUCUUUUUUUGAUUAUUUGAGGGAUAAAAGAGACAUUUGGACUGGCGUGUCUUUUCCAUUCAAAGGUGCAGCCCUGUGACGCACCUGGUCCCUCCUCUCUCCUCCGUUGCCGUGGUUUCUCCUUCGGCCGUCUGGGUUGUGCGGCCUCCUCCACCGCGCUGCUCCCGGUUGCCAUGACGCGCUCCAAGACGUUCCAGGCCUACCUGCCGUCCUGCCACCGCACCUACAGCUGCAUCCACUGCCGAGCGCACCUGGCCAACCACGACGAGCUCAUCUCCAAGUCGUUCCAAGGGAGUCAAGGCAGAGCCUACCUCUUCAAUUCAGUGGUGAAUGUGGGCUGUGGACCAGCUGAAGAGAGAGUACUCCUGACGGGCCUUCAUGCUGUGGCUGAUAUUUACUGUGAGAACUGUAAAACCACUCUGGGCUGGAAAUACGAGCAUGCCUUUGAGAGCAGUCAGAAGUAUAAGGAGGGGAAGUUUAUCAUUGAACUGGCCCACAUGAUCAAGGACAACGGCUGGGACUGACCAUUCCGCACGCCAACGCACCAACCAAGCAGGCUGGACACAACUCAGCUCAACUCUACUCAACUCUAUGGGCUGGAUCAUUGUCUACAGUGUUGCAGUGUGUGAAACACACACACACACACAUGCUCUCUCUCUCUCUCUCACACACACACACACACACUUGUACAUGGAGAGACACGCUAUUUCUCUAAUUGCUAAUUAGCUUCAAGGACAUAGAGCAGUCAUAGUGACUUGUUUGAUUUUUUUAACGAAGAGAACCAAUCAUGUCAUCACUCUCUUCAGUGUGUCUGUGUAGUCACGCCGAUAUUGAAACACAGUUGAGUGAGUUUAGAUGAGUGUACGUACGUACGUACAUAUGUAUGUAUAAUGUAUGUAAUAUGUAUGUUAUACGUAUGAGAUGUCUGAGCAGGUUUGGGUCAGACGCAGAGCCUGUCUUGGGAGCUGGGAAGAUGGACACCCCAGAUAGUGCCUGACUCUGAGCCGGAUGUGAGCCAGAUGUGAGCCGGAUGUGAGCCAGAUGUGAGCUGAAUUAUCCCUCUACUGGGCUGGCCUCUAGUAGAUGACCCCCCCCCCCCCCCAGUCAGAGCUGGAUUCUACUGAAGGGUUCUUCCUUCUUCCUGUUUCAGACCUUGGACUCUGUAGUAAAGAGCUUCAAGACAAAUGUGUAUUCAUACAAUCACAUUGAAUUGAGUUGAAAUCAACUGAACUUAAUAGAACUAAAUAGAGCUCAGUUGAGUUGAGUUGGUGCCACAUCCGUGCCAGAGUCAGCAGAGUGAUGUAUGACAUCACCUCAUCAUCGGCCCGCUAUCAACCUAUCAGAGACUUAAUAGUGAUAGAGAGAGAGAGAGAGAGAGAAUCAUACUGUGCAUUUUGUUUAUUGUUUAUUUCAUGCUGUUUUGUUGCACAAGUGUUAAGUUAUGUGUGUGUGUGUGUAUUUAUGACGUUAUUUUGAUCUUGUGUACAUGUGGAGCAGUAGCAUCCGUAGCAAGUCUCCGCCCCCAGACAUGUCACAUGGUAGCAAGUCUCCGCCCCCAGACGUGUCACAUGGUAGCAAGUCUCCGCCCCCAGACGUGUCACAUGGUAGCAAGUCUCCGCCCCCAGACGUGUCACAUGGUAGCAAGUCUCCGCCCCCAGACGUGUCACAUGGUAGCCAUGUUUCUCUGCAAGGUCCCUCAAAAGUCCCACGUGUGUGUGUCCCUCCCUCCACCAAGUGCUUCAAAGCUUCCUCUUAUGAAUGUGAGAACUGACAUAUAAGAAGCGGACACACAUGUUUACAUACUAUAUGAGACACACACACACACACACACAUACACACACACACACACACACACACACACACACACACACACACUAGUCACAAAGAGACAUUCUUGUUUACUAGCUCCCAAGCUGAGGAGCUGACUCCAGAUCAGGGGAUGGGUGUUUUACUGUUACAGAAGAGGCUGAGGAGCUGACUCCAGAUCAGGAGGUGGGUGUUUUACUGUUACAGAAGAGGCAGGGUCCUCUGAUCCCAGGAACGAGUUAGAAAUGUUACACACAGGUAGAGAGAAGUUCCCAGAAUGCACAUGGGCUGGCUCAUAUGUCCAGCGGUAGCUUUCAGAGGAAGGAACUGAACGAGGGGGCUUCUAUGUUGACCCCCUCCCCCCAUGACCCACACACACACACACUCGCCCCUGCCCAUUCUAAACUACCAAAGACUUGUGCAUCAAUGGAGAGCGACAACCAAAGCGUCCACAAGCUGAUUGGUUGUGUUUCUGAGUGUUCUGUUUCCGUGACAACCAAAGCGUCUACGAGCUGAUUGGUUGUGUUUCUGAGUGUUCUGUUUCCGCGACAACCAAAGUGUCCACGAGCUGAUUGGUUGUGUUUCUGAGUGUUCUGUUUGUGUUUUGGUCCUCUUUAACGAAGCGAGGUAGCAGCGUGUGGUUGUGGUCGCUUGGUGGAGGCUGACCGACUGUGUCCUGUGUCACCACGCACUCUGGACGUCAGCCGCGUACACUCUCAUGCAGUCGUCAUCACAUCACUCUGUGUAAUCUCUGUGUGUGUGUAUAUUUAUUCCGUGUCUGGGCAUUCUCGCCGGCCACAACACCUACGUCUGGUCCGGUCCUGGUCCAGUCUAGGCUCUCGUCUGUGGGUCUGAUCUUUCCUACUUUUAUACGAUUUGAAGAUGAUGAAAUGAUGUUGUUGAUUUCAGUGUCUUUUCUAAUGGAUGAACUUGUGGAGAGGUAUUCACACUUUGGUUAAUAAAGACUUUUAUGAGCA